AGGAAAAUGUUCGUGAAAAGCGCACCGUAAUCGCUCGUAACCACGACGCAUAUCCGAUUCGCGCCGUCCGCAUGUUACAUGUCUCAUUUUCAACCAGAUAACGGUAUUUAAGAGCUGUGACACUUUGCAUCCUCCUGUGGUUCAACGAAUGACGCGAAAUGACCGGUAGAGGACCGUUUUCUGGACUUGCGGGCGAACACGUGCGCAGGGCUUCAGGUGGACGGUAAAAUACUCAAAAAUCCGAACMGAAACGAUCGGAAACUAAAAUCGAACCGACGCCGGACGCGGUACCGACUCGCUCAGGGUCAGAGUGAUUUGCCGGCCGGCACCGUUAUGUUCAACCCGCCCAAACUUCACAAUCACGACUGGUUCAUGACCAUGGUAAACACGCUGAUCGAGACGUCGGUGAAAGGCGGUGGUGGUGGUGACUACGACGACGGUUACGGUGACCACGGUUGGUCCGGUAUCUACGGCCCRAACGGCACYUUCGACGGGGGUGGUGAUGAUCAAAGCGGCGGCGGCGGUCCGUUUAACAUCACCAUCAAGCGGACACUGGACGCGAUAUUCGAUAACCAGCUAAACGUGGACAAGGUGUUGGUGCUAUACCUAGAGGUGGCCAUCGUGGUCGCAUACGGCGUGCUUUUCGUCAUCGGGUUAGUGUCCAACGGGCUGGUGUGCUUCGUCGUGUUCCGACAGUGUGGUAAGAAGAACGUGCCCAGCCAGGGACCAUCGCCCCGCAACCUGUACAUCGUUAACCUGGCGUUCGCCGACAUCAUCAUGUGUGUGGUGUGCAUGCCAUUCACGCUGUGGGCACUCAUGUCCCGCCGCUGGACGUGGGGCCUGAUCAUGUGCAAGACGGUUCCAGCCGCUCAGGGUGCCAACAUAACCGUUUCUGCGUGCACCAUAACCGCCAUCGCUCUAGACAGGUAUUUCACGAUCGUCCGGAACCCCCGGGGCUCGGUGUUCCGAUGUAGCGUGGCCAAGACGCUGGUGCUCAUCUGGCUGGUGUCGUUCGCGGCCAUGGUGCCACUGCUGUUGUACCAGAAUGUCGAGGAAGUGCACGUCGGACCGAUUCGGCUGUACGAGGCAUGCGUCGAGAAAUGGCCGUCCCGCGUGGCCCAACAAACCUUCACUGUCGGCCUUGCAGUCGCCCAAUUCGUGUUGCCGUUCACCACCAUAUCACUGAUCCAUCUGAAGAUAUCGUCUUAUCUCACAGUGCACCUUAAACAUCCAGCCCUUCCGUCCAAGGAGAUCAGCUGCAGACGAGUGAAGAGAGAGCUGAGUCGGAACAAGCGGACAAUGUGGAUACUGUCGUCGAUCGCGGUGGUGUUCGCGCUCAGCUGGCUGCCGCUGACGCUGUUCACGCUGCUCGUCGAGUUCCAACCGCACCUGAUCGACUCCACGGACGCGCUGUACAAGGCGUUCGCGAUCGUCCACAUGAUGGCCAUGUCGACCACGUGCACCAACCCGCUGCUGUACGGMUGGCUGAACACAAACUUCCGGCGGGACAUAUCCGGUAUAUGCCGGCAAAUGUGGUACUGCUGCGGUGACCAGAAACCGCCGCCGAGGCGGAGACGAUAUCCGUCUGUGGCCACCGAUUACCGCGGCCCGAACGACCGGCGGCCGGGGCUCGGGUCGGAAGCGGCUGGCGGAUGUGGCGGCGGGGGAGGCGGUGGUUUCGGCGGAGGUGGCCGGCGUAACCAGAUGCACCACGACCCCGAGACCACCGGCAUGUCGAUGGUGGUCAAGAGCGACCGGCGGUUCAGUACCAGUUACCUGACCACGCUGACCACGGUCACGUCACGGUCACAACCYGGUUCCAGCAUGGGCCGCGUCGAAAACGUCUAGAGGCAGUGUAUGGUUUAUAAUCAUCUACGAUUUACUGUUUAUAAUUAUAAUAUUGKUAAUAACGAUAACAGUGAUAAUGUUGUUUUGCAGUUCACUUCGACGUCUAUAUAGGUACUGAAUUGUUGUUAUUGGGGGGUGGGGGAAGGGCAUUCAGACGACAUUAUAUUAUACGCUAUUAUGAAAACUAUAAUGUUAUUAUUAUGCGUGUUGGACUUACGACAAACUUGAGGCUGUACUUCCGCGUUGAUAACACCGACGACGGAAACCUGUUGCAAGACGCGUCGUCGUAUGUAAUAUAAUGUGCCGUUUAUCCAAGCAAAUAACAAACGUAUACAUGAAUUUGCCCGAGUUCUGACGAAAUGGUGCUAACGGGUGUUUUAUUUUUUUAUACUAUUACGAUAAAAUAUUUUGUAACUAUCAAUCCUAAAAGAUUCGUCAAGAAACAAACAAAUAUUUAGUACAGGCCUGGGCCCACGACAUAUUUUUGCGAUUGAGUGUAAGUCACGUUUUAGGGCGGUUAGCGGUAUUGGUUCGCCGAGCAUGCUCACCUCUUUUUUUACUUUAAUAAUGCAUAUUUUAUUUAAAUUCUGAUUUUUUCAUAAUUUAUUAAACAUAUAAU